AUGGAUUUGAUUCUGUUUGAACUGACCCAAUUCAGAGAAGAUAUUCUUAAAGCAGAUAGCGAUGAUGACGGGCCAUACAACGUGCUAGGUGAGGAACGUGAUGUAACGAAAGGUAUGGCCGCAAUGGUGAAGUUGGCUGCAGAAAAGGGGUAUUUGGAUCAGGGCAAAGAGAGAAAAGUCAAUGGUCCGUCGUUAAAGCAUCUCGAAAAUAAACGAUUCUCGCAGAUUGAAGUCGGAAAAUAUGAUAUCGAAGAGAAGUACACAAAGAAACUGGAGCGCAUGGGUACGACGGGAACAGGGCCGGUGAGACCGUUCCCGGAGAAGAGCGAUUAUAAACCUGACAUCCGAAUUACGUACAUCGAUGAACGUGGGCGUGAGAUGGAAUCGAAGGAUGCAUUCAGAGUGCUCUCUUGGAAGUUAGCAUGA